AGUCAAAUUAUUUUCUCCGUUUUGGCAGCGUGAGUGUGGUGAGCUAGCUCGCUGAUCACCCGGAGCGCUCUUCUUGCCAUCGGAGGAAAGGAAACAGCUUAUUUUUCCCUUGAAAUUGCAUAACCAGCAGUUUAAAUUUUUUGACAUCUUUUCAAAAAUUGUUGAGUCUUUUGAAGAGGGAAAUCUUAAGUUAUUCCCUAGGGUUCUUGGAUUUCGAGUUUUAUUCUUCCUACCCCUAUUUCUAACUCUUGUGCCAACCCAGCUUAAUCAUGGUAAUGUUCAAAAAGAUCAAGUCUUUUGAGGUGCUCUUUAACGACCCUGAUAAGGUGUAUGGCAGUGGGGACAAGGUGGCUGGACGGGUAAUAGUGGAGGUGUGUGAAGUCACUCGAGUCAAAGCUGUCAGGGUCCUAGCUUGCGGAGUGGCCAAAGUACUCUGGAUGCAAGGAUCGCAGCAGUGCAAACAGACCUUGGAGUAUCUGCGCUACGAAGACACACUUCUCCUGGAGGACCAGCCAACAGGUGAGAAUGAGAUGGUUAUCAUGAGACCUGGAAACAAAUACGAGUACAAGUUCGGCUUUGAGCUUCCUCAGGGGCCUCUGGGAACAUCCUUCAAAGGAAAAUACGGGUGUGUAGACUACUGGGUGAAGGCUUUUCUUGAUCGCCCCAGCCAGCCAACUCAAGAGACAAAGAAAAACUUCGAAGUGAUGGAUCUAGUGGAUAUCAAUACCCCUGAUUUAAUGGCACCAGUGUCUGCUAAAAAGGAGAAGAAGGUUUCCUGCAUGUUCAUUCCUGAUGGGCGGGUAUCUGUCUCUGCCCGAAUUGACAGAAAAGGAUUUUGUGAAGGUGAUGAGAUUUCCAUCCAUGCUGACUUUGAGAAUACAUGUUCCCGAAUCAUUGUUCCCAAAGCAGCCAUUGUAGCCCGCCACACUUACCUUGCCAAUGGCCAGACCAAGGUGCUGACGCAGAAGUUGUCGUCAGUUAGAGGCAAUCAUAUUAUUUCUGGAACCUGUGCAUCAUGGCGUGGCAAGAGCCUUCGGGUACAGAAGAUCAGGCCUUCUAUCCUGGGUUGCAAUAUCCUUCGAGUUGAAUAUUUCCUGCUGAUCUAUGUUAGUGUCCCUGGUUCCAAGAAAGUCAUUCUUGAUCUGCCCCUGGUAAUUGGCAGCAAGUCUGGUCUGAGUAGCCGGACGUCCAGCAUGGCCAGCCAAACCAGCUCUGAGAUGAGUUGGGUGGAUCUCAACAUCCCCGACACCCCUGAAGCUCCUCCUUGCUAUAUGGAUAUCAUUCCUGAAGAUCACCGGUUAGAGAGCCCCACCACUCCUCUGCUAGAUGACACAGAUGGUUCUCAGGACAGCCCUAUUUUUAUGUAUGCUCCUGAGUUCAAGUUCAUGCCACCACCUACUUACACUGAGGUGGAUCCCUGCAUCCUCAACAACAAUGUGCAGUGAGCAUGUGGAAGAAAAGAAGUAGCUGUUAUCUACUUUUCUUUGUGCCUCUAUGCUGUACUGUCUGUCACAGACUCCACAGUCUCUACAGUAGGGGUUGGUUCCACCCCAGCCUCUGACUCCCUGGUGUAGGAGAUGAUCAGCAGGCAAUCUCCUGGGCCUUAAAGGUUGCAUGCUCAUCCUCAGCCAGUGAGAUAUUGUGACUGUAUCGGGGUGUUUACCAGAUGGGUAUUAAAACACUCUAGAAAAACUUAGGCCCAUCCUAUUUUCUCAGAUCUUGAAAAUUGAGGCAUACUCAGUAGAAAUGGCCUCCAGGCAUGAUCUUACCAAGUUUUUCUUGGAGGGGAAUAUAGAUUGUUACAAUGGUAUCAGAUCUUGAGCUCCUGUGCCAUGUGGGACAGGGCCAAUUUAUCAAACUGGGAAAAUGAAAAAAAAAAACCAUGUUCAAAGCUUUGAGAAAAGGGGGUUCUUAAAAUUAUUUUUGCCCUUUGUACAUUUAUAGGGGAAAAAAUCCUCCAGAGCUGAUUUGGUCUGGACUUUGGAGAGCUGCUUGAGUUAAAAUGAAGAAGGUCUAAGGUUGUCUUGGCUAAGAAUGUAUUUUAAUUUGGCCUAAAGCAGUAAUAACUGUGUCCUACCAAAGGUCUUAAAAGCUGUUUUUAGAGCCUAUUGCACUGUGUUCUGUUGAAAUCAUGUGGGAGAAUGUUUCUCUUUUCAUGUGACUCCUUGGAAUUGAUUCUGAGGGAAAUGUGUUUUAGCACUUUAGUUUCUGUCAAAUUUUUUUAUUUUCUUUUUUCUAUCUCAAAAUGUAAGCUAAAACUGGUCUACUAUGUCUUUAGGGGUAAGCAGAAGGGCAAAAAACAAAAAAGCAUUAUUUUUGAGACUUCAUCCCAGUGUACAGAAUUCUAUAAUUCUGACACAUUAUACAAGAAGGGUUGCUGCUAUCAGCCUUGCCUACUGUGACUUAUCCAUACCUAGGGAAAAACUCUAAAUCAAGAUACCCCAACACUGAUCAGAGCCUUCAGACACUGCCAUGAGAAAUGGGAGGGCAGGUCUUCACAAAAGCCCCCAGGGCUUCCUGUUUCUAACCAGUGUUAGGAGAUGGGGGAUGUUAACAGCCCCUCUCUCACUGCAGCCUUUAGCACUUUGUUUCCUGUUCUGUGUUAGAGCACUGAGCUCCACUCUUCUCUGAGAAAGUAUGUGGACUGAAGGUGGUUAUUUUUUUUAAUUUGUGUAUCUUUUUGUAUGAUAAACCAUAUUUUGUACUUAACCAGAUGUAUUUUCACCCCAAUUCUUUGUAAAAAACAAUAAAAAUAAAGGUUUUUUAAUGGCAGAAA